UAGGCACUGCCAAGGUUGCCAGUGUUCCCGCUCUGUUUCCAUCCAGGAGUCAGCACCAUGGCCGAAGACAUCAAGACUAAAAUCAAGAACUACAAAACUGCCCCCUUUGACAGCCGCUUCCCAAACCAGAACCAGACCAAGAACUGCUGGCAGAACUACCUGGACUUCCACCGCUGCCAGAAGGCAAUGAACGCGAAGGGGGGCGACGUCUCCGUGUGUGAAUGGUACCGGCGCGUGUACAAGUCCCUCUGCCCCGUGUCAUGGGUAUGUGCCUCCCCGUGGGACUCUUGGGUGUUCAGGUGGGGACCUAGCGGAGAGGAGUAUGGUGACCAAGGGACAAGAGUGAAGGGGGACCUGGGUAUACGACAGUCCCGGCCCUGGGACCCUGAAUCAUGCUGUGACUGCUAA